AUGCGCGACACCGUCUCCGCCCUCUCCGUCCCGCUCCCCGACCGGAGCAAGCCGCGCGACAAGUGGCUCGUCGUCGCCGGCGACAAGCACCCCACCUUUUACGCGGCGGGCACGCACAAGUGCACUCUCGCCGGCAUGCUGCGACCCGUGUGCAAGAAGCAGUACAAGGAGCGAGCCAAGGCGGCGCACCUCGUCCAGUACGUCGCACCGCCACCAGACCCCACAAGCAUCGGCCCCUCCGUCGCGCGGGCCGAGCGGAUCGCCCUCGCCCCCGACUGGCUCUUCGGGCGCGGCUGCCUCACGCACGUGCGCUCGCCGCGCGCCCGCGCGCCUGGCGUCGACCGAGUGCAGGGGCGUGCUCUGACCCCUCCCCCCACCCUCCCCGCACCCUUCCCCGCAGGACCGAGUGCCUCGCACUUUGUCUACUCGAUGGCGCUCAAGCGGAAGCGAUCCUUCCGCUCCUUUGCCUGGGACCUUGCCGACAAGAGGCCCCGCGCAAACUACUCGCAGGGCAAGUGCUGGGACCGCAGCAGCAAGGGCAUCCUCUUCGGCCACACCUUCUUCGCAAACACGAACACAAAGUAUGUGCUCUGCGCCAUGCCAGAGACUGACUCGCCCGCGUGCGCCUGCUGCGCCGGCCUCAACCCCUUCCAGAGCAGCAAGAUCGAGAUGGAGACCACCGAGGGGCGGCCUCUCAUCAACCGGAACCAGCUCAAGGCGAUGGCCGGCUGUGGCGACUACCAGAUGUUCUGGGACCGCCGCUAA